AUGGAUUCCGGAUCGAAGAAGAAUCGCAAUGAUGAAAAUCUGGAAACAUUUCGUUCCAGUACGUGGAAAAUGCCCACGUCAUCCAACUUUCCCAUUCCGGUGAUUGCGGUAAAUGAGAAAGCAGUGAACCUGCCCGACUUGGAGCCUAAGAAUUCAACUGCAUCUACAUCAACGGCCACCACCAUCCCGGACUUGGCCGGAAAGUUGACCAUGACGCAGCAUGACAUGGAUGAUGACUCCUCGGACAUGACUCUGACUGGGUUGAGACAAAGGCUGAUUCGGAAGAGCAAAGGGAGGACGGAGGACGGUGGAGGGGGAGGAGAACAAGCAAAUCUCAAGCUCUGGAGGAGAAAGCUGGUCAUUCUUAUUUGGCUCAAUUUCAUCAUGAAGUACCGCAAACUGUUUUUAACAUUCGUGGAGUUUGCGUUCCCUAUAAUUUGCGCAGCAGUGAUUUGUGCCGGCGUUAUUUUGAAUAACACAUGGAUGAUUCAGUUUACUAUUGAAGACAAAAAGGUCCCGGAAGGAAACCCAUUUCAUCCAUAUCAGCCAAUGUCACAGAAAAGGAUUCUUAACUAUGUAUGCUCAAACAAUGCAUUCUGUGACGAUGAUCCAGAUGCUGAGCCUGGAAAACGGGUUUUGCAAAGAUAUCAUUACAUUGUGUAUACCCCAAAUAACACAUUUAUCAACCAUCUUAUGUCAAAAGUUGAGGAUUUUCUCAAAGUGGAUGUGCAAGGAACAAAAGAGUCCAAAUUUUACGGCGUUCCCACACCAGUCGAACUGGACAAUGCACUAAAAACGCAAUGGGACAAACAGGACGAGAAGACAAGAUAUCCUUAUGGUGUCGUCUUUUCAUUUGGAGGAAUUCAUAAAGAUUUUAGAGAUAAAAUAGAAGCUAAUGAAACACUUCCAGCAAAACUGCGAUACACGAUUCGUACGUUUUACCCAGAAACUGCAAACACGGAUGAAAACUUUCCGUUUGUAGAACAUUCCAGUAGACCAAGAAGUCGUCAUGAAGUCUCGCCCUACAUUAGUACAGGUUUUUCAGGACUUCAAUUAGCCAUUGACAUUACGUGGGUUGAAAUGGUCAAAGCUGAAGUAUCAACUGAAAACAAAAUGAUUCUACAAGAUAGUGAUUUUAAAGAAUUAUAUUCUGCCGCUGGGAGAUCGCCAUAUGUCAAAAUGUACGAAUAUCCCGUAUUUUUGGAUGAAAGUAUUCAAUUCAAGAGUUGGAUCUCUAUCGUGCUUGCAAUAAUUAUUGCCUAUGUUUGCACCAACUUUGCCGUGGUGCAAGAAAUUGCAGAAGAAACUAAGGCUGGCAAAAUAGAACUUUUGAAAUUGCAUGGUCUUACCCCAGCCCUUCACUGGAUAUCUUAUGGCAUGAACAUGUGUGUCUUGGCUUCACUGAUAUCCUUAUUUAUGGCAGUAAUCCUGUACUACUCGUUUGCUGACCAUUCUAUUCUCCACUAUGAACACCUCGUAAUUAUUUGGCUGUUCUUUUUUCUUCAUGGAGUUGCCCAGUACACGGAAAAUUUGCUUUUGGUCCAGUUCUUUAGUGCUAGUCCUUCAACGGCUGGAAUGUUUGCCGUGUUUAAAUCUCUAGCGUCAUUUCUGCUGCCAAUGUUGCUAUUUAAAUUGCGGAUUCUAACACGGGUUCCCAACUUUAUUUUGUGCAUGUUUAACCCCCAAUGGUGUCUUGCAAACGGAAUUUAUGUAUUCUUGCAAUACGAGCUCUACGAAAAUGGAUUACAAUGGUAUGAUUUUCCUGUUCUUAUCGACACAGAAGUAUACAUCAUGGCAUCAAUUCCAAUCUGUUGCAUCCUUUUUGUCUACACCAUUACAAUAUUUUUGCUGCUGACAAUUUACUUUGAUCGGGUAUUUUCUAAACCAUAUGCACCGUCCAUUACAUGGGCUUAUUUGUGGAAAUUGAGGAAUAAACCAAAACCGGAACACCAGAAACCACCACCGCCAAUUAAUUACAAGGAAAUGCCACAAAUGUAUGAGCGGCCACCGAUAGAUCUAAGGUGCACCAUUAAAGUGCGAAACUUGUGCAAAACUUUUGCAACUGAAGCAUCGUAUGAAAUCUCUCUGGACAAUAUAUCCGUCGACAUUUUUGAGGGUGAAAUUUUGGCCGUCGUUGGACCUGCGGGUUCGGGAAAAACAAACUUUCUCCACUUGCUUGCCGGCUUAACGAAUCCGACCAGUGGUUUCGUAGAAAUGAAGAAUCUGAAAGUUCACGAGUACUCCGAUAUUCUCAAUCACUUUAUUUCCAUCUGUCCCCAGAAAUGCAUGCUUUUCCCAACGUUGUCAGUGGAAGACCACGUUGUUUUCGCGUCAAGGGUUCACGGAAAUUCAUACAAAAAAUCGAAACAACAAGCAAGGAUGUUGCUACAAUUAUUCAGUCUUCAAGGGGCUAGGCGUCACAGCUAUCUCUGGCUGUCCAAGUCACAAAUGAAAAAAUUGCAGGUUGCUAUCUUUUAA